CACAGACAUGGACGCGAGCACACGCCCUUCCUCAUCCUCCCCACCGUGACAGAGCAGCGUGUGUGUGGAGUCAGUGUGCGAGUCUGUGUUUGUUUAGUGUUCCAGCUCAGGUCGCAGGUGCCACGUUCCCCCUUCAAACACACAAACAUAUACAAACAAACACUACACACACACACACACACACACUCCACGGGCGCGUGGCGGACACAGCAGGGGCUGAGAAGCGGAAGAAAAAGGAAAAGAAGAAAAAGAAGAAGAAGAGAGGAUUUCGCCAGCGGUCGAAAAGGAGGAAGUGUUUGCGCGGAGCCGCGGUUCUCGGAGGUUUACUGUGCGGGGAACUCGGGCGACAUGUUCAGUUGGGUGAAACAGGAGCAGGGCGGACGGAACAAGGAGGGAGAGAUGUACCAAACGGUGACCGAAGGGCUGCAGAGCCUAUACUCCAAGAAGCUUCUGCCGCUGGAGGAGACAUACCUCUUCCAUGACUUCCACUCUCCUGCCCUGGAGCCGGCGGACUUCCAGAGCAAACCCAUGGUGCUCCUGGUGGGGCAGUACUCCACCGGGAAGACCACCUUCAUCAGGUAUCUCCUGGAGCAGGACUUCCCUGGGAUGCGGAUCGGACCGGAGCCGACCACGGACGGCUUCAUCGCGGUGAUGCACGGGGAGACGGAGGGCGUCAUCCCCGGCAACGCGCUGGUGGUGGAUCCCAACAAGCCCUUCAGGAAGCUCAACGCCUUCGGGAACGCCUUCCUCAACCGGUUAAUCUGCUCCCAGAUGCCCAACCAGGUCCUCCAGAGCAUCAGCAUCAUCGACACGCCCGGCAUCCUGUCAGGGGAGAAGCAACGCCUCAGCAGAGGCUACGACUUCUCCGAGGUGCUGCGGUGGUUCGGGGAGCGCGUGGACCGGAUCAUCCUGCUCUUCGACGCCCACAAGCUGGACAUCUCGGACGAGUUCUCCGAGGCCAUCAAGGCCUUCAGGGGGCAGGACGACAAGAUCAGGGUGGUCCUGAACAAGGCCGACCAGGUGGACACCCAGCAGCUGAUGCGUGUCUACGGCGCCCUCAUGUGGUCCCUGGGGAAGGUGAUCAACACCCCCGAGGUGGCCCGCGUCUACCUGGGCUCCUUCUGGGCCAAGCCCCUCCAGAACUCAGAGAACAGGCGUCUGUUCGAGGCGGAGACCCAGGACCUGUUCCGGGACAUCCAGGGUCUGCCGCGGAACGCUGCCCUGCGCAAACUCAAUGACCUCAUCAAGAGGGCGCGGCUCGCCAAGGUACACGCCUACAUCAUCAGCCACCUGAAGAAGGAGAUGCCCUCUCUGUUUGGGCGGGAGAAGAAGAAGGAGGAGCUUAUCAUGCGCCUGCCAGAGAUCUACACCAUCCUGCAGCGAGAGCACCACAUCAGCCCUGGAGACUUCCCCAACGUCACCAAGAUGCAG